AUGGCAGCCAGGAUGUUCCGCUUUUGUCGGACUGUAUUUUUCAUGUUGCUUUUGGGUACAUCUUUAAGUGUUAACGCUGAUGAUAGCGAGGACACUACCAUGGUGAUAGGGUGUCCCUUCACCUCCAUAUAUAAUUUUGGUACGCUGUCAAAGGUUACUGGAAGUUAUGAAGUGGUAGAUUAUAUAUCCUCAGCUUUUCGUCUUCCAUCUCCGAAACCAUAUGCAGGAAACAAGAAAGAUGGGAAGUUUGUUUAUGGAGCAGACUUUGCAGUAGAAGGUUCAACUGCGCUCGACACAUAUUUUACAACCAACAAUUCUGUCAGCAAACAAGUUGAUCAGUUCGUGACACAUAUAUCAUCUAUCUGCUCCAACCGUCAGGAGUGUUGGAAGAAGCUACGUCAUGCAGUUUUCUUGGUGGAGGAAUUCGGAAGCAGGGACUACUUUCAUGCCUUCUCGGAGGGUAUAAAGGUGAGGGAGGUGGAAGAGGCUCUCGUACCUAAAGUUAUUGAAUCGAUCAUAAAUUCCGUAACCAGACUGAUUCAAUCCGGUGCUAGGAACGUUAGGGUUCAUGGAAAUUUACCCUUUGGAUGCCAACCAACUUACUUGCAGAAGUUCCAAGACAAAAGUCCAUCGAGCAAGGUUCACUCAUACAGGUGUCUAAGAAGUUUCAACCAUCUCUCUGACCUUCACAACAACUGUCUAAACCAGGCACUUAUGGAGCUAAGCAGCCAGCACCCUCGGGUUCAGAUUGUAUUUGCUGAUUACUAUAAGGCGUUUAUAGCCCUCCUCAAGAGUCUAAGGAAAACUUGUGGUGGAAGUAAAGGUGGUGAUGCUACUGCAGUGUGUUCUGAUCCUAAAAAAUACAUUCACUCAGACGAGAAUCAUCUGACCCAAGAGGCUAACAAAUUUAUGGCAGAAGCGAUCAUCACUGCUGGAAGUGAAAGUUUCGUGUAUCCAAAACUCAAUCUACCUUAUAGAUCGCAUUGUGUGAUGUAG